CUCGGGUAAAACUGGACUGCCUGCUAAAUCAGUGCUACACUCACAAGCCUUAAAGGCUUAUAAUUAGCCUUAUAAAUUUCAGAAACCCCAGCUCUCUUUGGGUUAAUGACCCAGCGUAACAGCUUAUGAAUUAAGGUGCCCACGUUGUGUAGCUGAAAGUGGUCGGAACGGGGGUUGUUUGUUGUUUUGUUUAAUCUUAAAGUAAGGAGUAAGUGAUGGUAACGAUAACUAAGUUUUGAAACUGACACUGGCUUCUGUGGAGCUAGCUUACAGUUACUAACGGUUUGCUCUAACAUUACUCCGCAGUGAAGAAGCAAACGGUGACAAACCGUGAAGUGAGCUGUUUAGCGACUUUCUCAAAGCUCCGGAUACCUGUUUACUGACGGCGGCUUGUUGUGAUGCGUGUGCCAUGGUGACACGGGGGGUGGGUCUUUUCUCCUCUUUAGUUUUGCCGUUUUCAAGGCAACCGACCCAUGUUGUUAAAUCUGCCCAUCGUGACAUCCCCGAAGUCUUUUUGUUCAUCUCAUCUUCACGAUCCACCAAUUACUGCGUUUGUACGAGAUGUGUUCUCAGUGUGCCUCACUGUCUAGUGGUGAUUAGUCUUUCUGUAGCACAGAGUUUGGCCAGUCACAUGUUCUGGAUGAUAAUUGUUGUCUGUUUACGAUCGGCGAAGCCCCCUGUCAGGGAUUUGGAGCAGCUUAACUCCCCCCAUCUGGCAGCAGAGUUAAAUCCUUAGUUCCCCUCGGAAUAAACAUGGAGUAUGAGCAGAGCAACAGGUUUACUGCUUAUUCACUCGCUGCUGGGCUGAUAAGUUGGAUGGGCUGAUACAGCUGGUUACCUGCAGCUUAGGGCCAUUACUAAUGGAAUUAUCAAAACCACUCUGCAAUAUGGUAUCGAAUCCAGAGGCUUCCUGCUCCCCAGCACUGAAGAAUAAUCACUGAGUCUGUAGCCGUUACCGCUGGACUGUCACCAGCUUAAUGACUUCUACUGGAAUUUGUAAACUUCCUCCACCAUGGUUUUGAAAGUGGCUCUCACUGCAGAGCCGAAUACACUACAAAAUAUGCUGAAGGUUCCUGUGCCUGGCUGAAACAGCAACUGAAGCCAAGACAAAGGACUGAGGGAGGCUGCAAGGUGAAUGGAAAGAAGACAGAACACCACAGCAGGGGUUCUGUUCUGGACCCCUGCCCCAGCCCACGCCUCACCUAGUAGCACUGUUAUAUCGGAGGAUGAUUGGGAUGUUGAUGAUGAUGAAGAACAGGCAGAAAGAGAGGAUGACUUUGUUAGUCAGAUGGAUGAGAAUGGCAUCAUUGGAUUGGCAGAGGCACUUGAAGAUGUGGAACUGGAGGAAUAUAAUUCAGAUGGGUACCCUGGAUCCUUCACCCCAGAGGAGGCACAUCCUAGUGGGUGUGAGACGGAUGGGCCAUCUGAGGAGCUGAGCUACAAGUCAGCAGCAGAGGAUGUGGGAAAACCGUCAUCCUAUAAGUUAAAACUGUGGUCAGAGGAUGGGGAGGAGAGGCUCGCAGCAGAGCGCCUCGACAUGAUCAAGGAAGAAAAAGAUGGAGAAGAAGAGAGAGGGCAGAGCCACAGGAGUGACAGAUUUGAACACACCAGCACAUCAGGACCGCUUGGAGCUAUGGUGUGGCCUGCCAAAGUUCAUAUUGGUAAAGAAGAGAAUAAGAAGAUCAGGUCAGGACAGCCUUCCAGUGUUCAGCCGUGUGCUGUAGACCCUGUCGGAGUCUCCUCUCCACUGUCCCAGUCUGCCUUACCCGUUGCUGCUACAACUUUGCCACAUCUUCUGCAUUUCACUGCCAAAGAAUUAAAUACUGCCCCAGGAAUUGACGCUGAAACCUUUCCAGAAAUGAGCUUCACAGAUUUUCCAGAAUCAUACAGCAGCCACAUGAGCCUCAACUCCAGUUCUCGCUAUUCCGAGAUAAAGCUCAGGGCUUCUCCUCCUCCAGUAGCAGUGUUUUCUGAACAAGUCAUCUCAAAAAUUGGUAGAUUAAGUAAUAACUCUGGGGAAGAACCAGGAAAGACAGAUGAGGAGCCUAGUCAGCCCACUCCCAAACCAAGAAGAACAAGGAAGCACUCUCCUGAGGCUACGUAUUCAAGGACCCAUUCUCUCAGUACAGUCAGGUCAGACUCCUCAAAAUCCAAACAGAACAAAAGUUGUGACAGGGAGCCCAGGACUCCUAGAACCAGGAUUAAUGUUGGAGUGGAUGAAUGCAGGAAGGGGUCUCUGAGUUGCCACACACCAGACUUCUCAAAGGUCGAACCUAGAGUUCGUUUCCCCAGAGGAGGUUACAAGCCCCCCAAGAGCACACUCUUGUUAACAGGGAAGUCCCUAUCACCUGAGCCCCCUGUAGUGUUUAAAUCCCCUGCUGAUAUUGUGAAAGACAUCCUGCUGAACACCCCUGAUGGAUCUCCUACCCCAUCGGAGUGCAACAGACAGCCGACCAGUGCCACCAAUGCUAUUGUGCCUCAGGAGUUCAGAUGCCGCCAGCAGGCCACCACACUGCUCAAUCAGCUUCAGGAAGACUACAACAGACUGCUGACUAAGUACGCCGAGGCAGAGAACACAAUUGAUCGUCUGCGUCUGGAAGCCAAGGACAGCGCUGUAGAGAAUCAGCAGCCCAGGUCCAGACAGUGUGAGCACAUCACAGGCAGAGCAGUUAACCUGUACUCUGACCCACCAAAUCCUGGCCACAGUGUGCAGUCAGGACUGAACUGUGAUGCUUCAAAGUUCCUAAAACUGGAUUUUCCUCUGGCUCAGAAGGCAGACAUCAGGACACAUCAGGGAAGUUCGGCUUCGGGUCCGACUGAACCAGGCGCUCAGCUUGGACAGCAGCUGGCUAAUAUUCUGUUCAGUCAGACUGACAAGUUUCUGCAGCAGAUGCAGACUUUUGAGGAUCUCCUUAAGAGCAAGAAACUCAAACCUUUUGAACAAACUGAGGGUACAUCUCAGCUUGCUGAGGGGCUCGAAUCUUUAGAGAGGGGAUACUUGUUAGCGAGGGAUGAGCACAAACUCCUGCAGCAGCGAGGAGUAGAAAUCAGCCAGUUUGACCCUGAACGGGAGUUAGAGGGGCUGAUCUUUCAGUGUGGACUGCGUAUGGAUGAGCUGAAAGAGCAGGUGGAACAGAUGCAACGGGAUCAGCCCACCUGUGGUACUCCUCCCUCUCCACCUCCUCAACCCACCUCACCAUCUGCCCCCUCCGUGGAUGUAGAAACCCUGACUCACCCACAGGCCGUACUUGUGCCUUUGCGCGCUGAUCCUGUCGAGGCAGCAGAAGCAGACGUGAGCUCAGUCUGUAAAAAUGAUGAUGUGGAGUCUGAGGAAGAUGAUGAAGAAACUCUCUACCUCAAUCCUCUGACAGGCAAAACUAAAUGCACUGGAGAGGACUUUUCCAUGGCAGCGAAUCACUACCAAAGCAUCAAGGAGCUUCCCAAACUUCUGGACCAUAGCAAAAAGGAAAGGGUUCUCCUCUCUGCUGCUUUAAGAACUAACAUGCAGCCUGAGGACAAGGACAGACAGGAAACUGGAAACAAUGAAUUCUGGAAAACUCUCCCACAGAGGAACACUAAAUCAGACCAUCAGGACUCUCCCUCUGACGUGAACAAACAGCAGAACAGCAGGUCCAGUCCUCCUCCAUCCUCCAGCCGGAUCAUGAUCCUCCCUGUUUUUCCUCAUACUAGCAGCAGGAGGGUAGAGUUGGGAAAGUCCCACAGCAGCAGUCAGAGCAGCCUCGGAGAUAUAAAAGGAUCAGAGAGGAGGAGCUCCAAGGUUCAGGCUGCAAGCAGGAGAGUGUUUUCUCAGGAUGGGAUCAUCUCUCCAGAGACAGACAGCGGGUUUGUUGGUUCAGAGAGCAGCCGCCUGACUCCUGCAGCAGCUUCCAGUCCUCUCCACCAGAGGGCAUCAGAGAGGUGCGGCAGUGUUUCAGUGUCGCAGGAAGGAAACAAGAGGAGUCCUCAGACAGGCCUAGUCUCUGCACCAUCUCGUUUUUCCUCGCCAUCACACAGUCACACAGCUCAGGAGCCGAGCGUGCGCUCCCGGCUCAGCCUCGACCGACCGCCAAGAAACAGAAGAACACUGAGGAGACCCACCUUCUCAUUCUCUCCACAGCGCUGGGUCAGUCUGAGAGAACAAAGGGUGGACAGUGGCAGUAGUGAGUUUGGACUGGAAAGUGACAGCACUCACACUGGCUCUGAAGGUGAAGAGAGUGACCAGUACACCGACUCCAUCAAUUCCCUCCACAGCUCACACUCAAGCUCCACCGCUGCGCAGUAUCAUCGAGAUGAUUCUCCUCGAGCAGGGAGUUCUAGUCAGAAUUGCAAUGAUGCAGUGCAGACACUGCAGGUUGAGGUAACCAGACUAAAGGAGAGACUAGAAGUCUGUCUGAGAAAUAAGAAGCCCGUCAGCGCUACUAGAUCAGCUCCUUCAGCUCAGGAAAAGAGCCCCAACCACAGCACCGCUUCACCUGGCAUAAGGCCCGGAGAACAACAGAGUGAUGUUGGUGUGGACGAGUUUGAGGAGGAUUCUACACUGAGACCAACAGCCAGGAGGAAAUCUGCUUCUGCGAACCAACCAAAGCCUCAACAUGAUUACUUGACAAGAUCAGAGCCGCAGCCCUUCGCACCACAGCCUCAUGCGUCCAAAUGCACUCAAACAUCCGCAGCACCAGAUAGCUGCUCUUCCCACACAACUGCUGUCCACAGGACGCGAACACGGCACAGGAAGCAUCCUGUUGAUUCUGUGUCUGAAACAGGAGGCGAACCUGACAGCAGAGGUAGUCACGCUCCUCUUUGUUCUCGGUGUUUGUCAUCUCACAGAAAACCAGCUGAACGACCAGUGGGUGGCAAUAGAGAGCCGUGCCAUUCCUCCACUUGCCGCUGUCGCUGUCCUCUCUGUGGACGCCUGGAAACGCACAAAGUCAUUAAGCCAGACUGUCGCAGACUCUCAGACCUCCAACCAACCGAGUCCCCUGACAGAGCAGCGGAGAGAAGAUUCUUUGCAGCUGCAGCACCACCUGCACUGCUGCAGUGCAUGCCAGUGUGCCCUCCACCACUCCUGUUGUACUCGUCCCCCAUCUACAUCUCUCCUAAUAGAAAUCCCACGUCCUCCAGGGUCACAGGGCGGGGGGAGGCGAGGAGGACAAAAAGACGCUCGCUGUCUGCUGGCAGGGAGCCCUCGUUGGACAGCUCACUGAACAAAGCCAUCAGGGCAGCUCGACACAUGAAACACACCUCCAGGCACAUGGCUCGCUCUUUGGCAUCUGGACUGCAGUACCAGGAGCUGCUUGCUCAGUCCUGCAGCUACUAGUGUGAACUAUUAUCAGAGGCACUAAGACUGAGAAUCAUUAACUCCAAAGCAGCUGCAGAACAAGGCAGCAGCCAGAAGAAUGAGCAGUCAGACCAAAGUGAAUAAAAAUCUAAAAUUUUCUCCUCUUUGUAAAUUUUCUUUGCUCAUGUUUUUAAAGGUAGUUUUACUGUAACUCCCAGGUGGCCAAAUAUAUAUUUUUAAUAGAAUGCAGAUUAUUUAUAUUAAAUGAUGUGCUGGUACACUUUAGAACAACAUGUUUACACUCAUGUAUGUAGAUAAUAUUCAAACCUGUGAUGUACUAUAGAGACCUGUACAUUUACUGUACAUGAUGAUUUACAGCUGUGGCAGUUCUCAGGAGCUACUGCUCCACUUUGAGCCAUCUUUUGAUCAUGUGACUCUAGUUUUCAGAAAUCUGAAAUGAAGGAUUUUAAUUGCUGUAGAAAUUAAUUUCCUGUUGCUGUAGUAACUCUUUAUGCUGUAACUGAAAUGCAGUCUGCGAUGAGCUCAGCUUCGGCCGGUCAUUCUUCAAACCACUCAUCAUUUUAUGUAACAAGAGCCUGCGACGCUGGAUGUCUUCAAAGAUGUUUUGUAUGUGUAGAUGGUAUGAGGCAUGUCUACUGUAAUAUGAGUCAUUGCCCAUUUGUGCUGAUGUUGAUCCUGCAUCGUAUACUGCUGGGAUGACAAACAGAAAACCGAGGACUAACAGAUCACAGGAAUGAGAGUCAGUGUUUAAGGUAAUUUUGUUGUUUUAUAUCUUUGUACCUGUGUCUUAACAUUUUUGAUUGCUUCAUAAU